UUCACUUUUAUUUCUCUUUAAGCCAGAUCAAAAUUUGUGAAGUUCUCAGCUCCAGGAGACUUGACUCUCAACGAUGUGUGAUCGUGGUCCGGUUAGCCGCCCGGCUUGUAGUCCAUACCAAACCCGCAACCGGAAGAAGAGCAUUCACAUUGUGGAGGCACUGAGCUGCCUGUUUGGGCUCACCCAGUUCGAGGUGCUGGCCACUCUCUACCGUCUGGCCUAUCACGAAUAUCAGCCGGCUAAGCGCAUGCAGCGCAGCCGCUCCUGGAUGGUGAUGGAGCGAGUGGAGGCGCCGUACACGGCGCUAUAUGAUCAUAGGAUCUAUGACAGCCUAUACGAUCUGGGUCGGCCUAUCGAUCCACUGGACAAGAGAAAUGCCAGCAAGUUGAUGCGCUUGCUCUUCCUGAUCCCGUUGCUGGUGCCCGAGCAGCGGAACCGGCUCCUGAUCAUGCUCAUUGAGCUUAACAAAAAAGCCACCAGUCCGGUGAAUCUGGAGGCACUGCUGCCGGUCCUGGCGCGCAUGAAGCUGGCCCAGGUGGUGUGUCAUGUUUUGGAGCAAGACCUCUGCCCGCUUUGGCAGCGGCCGGCUCCGCAAAGGACAUCAAUUCGUGGGCCUCGCUCUUGUUAUCUGCCUUGGUGAUUAAUAGUCAUGAUUUUGGUUUCAAAUCUGCUGAACAUAUAUCUAUAUAUAUAUAUAUAUUUAAGUA